GCCUGUUCGGUAAUCGAAUUAUAUGGUUACCUCGACAUGGAUACACGCGAUUGGAUUGAUGGAUUAUUUUCGAAUAUAUUUCGUGAGAUGAAUAGGCCGACCGAGCGAGAGGAACGGCGUUAUGUCUGCUUUGAUGGUGACGUCGACGCGCUGUGGAUUGAGAACAUGAACUCCGUUAUGGAUGAUAAUAAGCUGUUGACAUUAGCGAAUGGCGAACGCAUCAGAUUGGAAAGCUACUGCGCGCUACUGUUCGAG